GUAGCGUCGCGACGUCCGGAUUGGAACUUCUCCCUUCCGAUUUCGGGUCCAGAUGCGAGUUCGGGUCUCGGCUACGUUCGGUGGCGCGCAAUUCGAUCUCGAUCGUGGAAGUUUCGCGGAAGUUUUUUUCGUUCGCGUUCGAGUGGUCGGUUUUAUUGGAAAGUUUUGAAAGAAAGUUGGUGUGAAGUAUAGACAAGUUUAGAGGUUUUGGACUUAUAAAUUUGAAUUUCUACUCAAAUAGGAACAUACAGAACAUAAAUUAUCGCGUUCGGUACCGGAGGCUCUUUACUGGACAUAAUUAAUUAAACGUGGCGUACCAGAAAAACUUCUUACUCCGCAUCAGUGAAACUUAAAAAUGUGAUAAAUCUUGCCAGUGCAAUAGUAUAUAAGCAGUUUCGUCGUAACAACGAUGUACCUCGGGGUAUUUAUUAAGUGGGCAAUUUUGUGCCUGACUUUAGAACUGUCUUCAGCCAAGACCGUUUCAGCGAAAAAUCAACAACAGGAGAAGCUGGAAGAUCGAGAAUACUGGUAUGAACAGGCACGAAUAGCUCUACGCAAACGAUUACAGUAUGCUACUGACCGAAGGCCGCAUGCAAAAAAUGUCAUUCUAUUUGUCGGUGAUGGAAUGGGUGUGGCUACGACAACAGCAGCUCGUAUACUAAGAGGUCAAAGAUUAGGCAAAACUGGAGAAGAUCAUGAACUGGCAUGGGAUACGUUUCCAGCGGUUGCACUUGCAAAGACUUACAACAUGGACGCCCAAAUAGGAGAAUCGUCGGCAUGUGCCACUGCACUCAUGUGCGGAGUAAAAACAAACUUCGAAACCGUCGGUCUGGACGCCAGAGGCAGAUUCGAAAACUGCUUUUCAAGCUUUUCCUCGAGAGUGCCUUCUUUGAUAGACUGGGCACAAGAAUCAGGAAAGUCUACGGGAAUCGUCACGAAUACCAGAAUAACACAUGCUACACCUGCAGCGUUGUACGGCCAUUCUCCGUCCCGAUAUUGGGAAGACGACUCGAAAGUGCCUCCCGCAUCCAGAAAGUCCUGUAAGGAUUUGGCAAGGCAGCUAAUAGAGAACGAUCCAGGAAGAAAUAUAAACGUUUUGUUGGGUGGAGGCCGUCGCCAUUGGCUUCCCAAAGUGGCCCAUGACCCCGAACAAACAAAAGAGGAGGGCAGGCGACUGGACGGGCGGAAUCUUAUCGACGACUGGGUGCGGGACAAAAAGAAGAGAGGAAUCAAAGCGGAAUACGUGUGGAAUAAAAGCCAAUUGGAUAAAAUCAACCCUAAUCAGCUUGAUUAUGUCCUAGGUUUAUUUUCAUAUUCGCAUAUGGAUUUCGAGGCCGAUCGAGAUCCCGGGCCCUCGGGGGAUCCCUCGUUGGCCGAUAUGACACGUUCCGCGCUCUCCAUCCUACUGAAAAAUCCCAAGGGUUUUCUUCUGGUUGUCGAAGGUGGACGUAUAGACCAUGCCCAUCACUACAACAACGCCUACCGGGCCUUAGACGAGACACUGGCGAUGGAAACGGCCCUGCUCGUCGCCCUGGCCAUGGUCAAUCCCACCGAGACGCUGAUCGUCGUGACGUCGGAUCAUUCUCACGUGCUCACGAUGGGCGGACAAGCGACCCCCAGGGGCCACCCCAUUCUCGGACCGGACAGUAAACUAUCCGACGUGGAUGGUCAACCUUACACGACGAUUUUGUACGGCAAUGGUCCAGGAUUUGCCACUCCCCGAAUCGUACCCAUGAACACAAGUUCCGCAGUUGAGGACCGAAACCAAGUACACGGAGCCGCGGUACCCAGACAGUGGGGCACGCAUGGAGGUGAAGAUGUGCCUGUGUAUGCUUUGGGGCCCCUUGCUACGACUUUAUUUACAGGUACAUUUGACCAAAGUUACAUCCCCCACGCCAUCGCCUAUUCCGCCUGUCUAGGCGAGCACAGACUACGAUGCCAAGGCUUGGAUAACUACACUCUGCCACCGGUUCCAAAUUGUGUCAGUUCGGAAGUUUCCAGCGUCUCUGCCGGUGGGCAACCGGUCGUGAUCGCAUCCAGCGUGAUGGCGGAUGACGGCACCAGGGUCAAGUCCAGCGGCCUCAGAAUAACCGUCAACGAGUUUGCAAUACUUGUCGGAUAUUUACUGAAAAUCGCGAUUACGUAAUAAAACGUGAAGUAAUCAAUAAAGAGACCCUCCAUUUUAUAAGUCGGUUCAUAAGUUUAAGGAGAUGUUAUUAUAAAGAACUAUUUAAACAAUGGUACAACAAAUUUAUUAGUAUAGGUAAUGUUUUUUUAAUAAGAAAAAUCAGAGUUUUUAAUAGAAUAAAAAUGGCCAUCUACUAAAGAUAAUUUUGGAAAGAAAUAUCUCUAGAACUUUCCAGAAUAAUAGUAACUAAUUAUUUUCAACGUUGAAUAAAACUUAAAUAAAUAGAUUUAAGAUUAUUUCUCAAAUAUAUAUUUAUUGAAGAAAUAAGUAAUAAGAAAUGAGUAACACACAUUUACUUGUUGGGUAUACUAUUUAUUUUGUGGAUUAUAGUAUUCUAGUGUAUUAACUAAUAACUAAAUAAUAUAUUACUAAGGGCUGGCAAAGGUUUAUCUUGGGUCGAGAUUUCCGUAUGGAAGAAGAGUACAAUAAUGCGUUUUAUAAUGUAUCGAACAAACAGAGAUCAGUAAACACAUUGCCAAACGUAUGAAAUAAACCGAGAAGUUGUGCACGUUGCUAAGAGACGCGGAAGGGGAUCUAGCAGAUUUGUCGCAGUUGACCAGUCGACCCAAUCAGUACCUCUGUCAGUACUCUAGGGAAAAGUGUACAUCAUGCGUUCAGUUUUACGAUUUAAUUAUCUCUCGUGAUACCUUUAUUUUUUUAUUUAUUAGCGAGUCGUAAUUUUCCCUAUAGCUUGAACAUUUUUAAGUGCAAGUUAGAAACACUUGCAUUUUUGGUAGAAACAUUUGGAGUUGAAUUGGUAUUCGACAGUGAUUACGCUAUUAGAACUCUGAAUUCAAAAAUCGAUAUCUCGAAACCUAUUAGAA